GUAACUAAGAACAAUAUUAAAAGAACUAAAGUGUUUAUCAUAUUACUCCUAAAUAUAUAAAUAAAACAAAUAAGCUUGAAUAUAUAACAUCCAACUUCAUUGUUUUAUGGUUCACAUAUAAAUCAAGUUUUUCAACUAAGCAACACCAUGGAUACAAACAAGAUAAUUAAAAAUUCUAGUAAUAAUGUAUCUUUUGCAGUGUAUGGUUGCUUGAAUAUUGAAGAAGGAAAUUAUAAUAACCCUCCACUUGAGUCAAAGGAAUCAAAUCAAUCAACAUAUUCACCAAACAUAUCAGAUAUAUCAUCAUUAUCAUUGUCAUCAUUGUCGUGGUUAUCAUCACCGCCAUCACCAUCAUCGUCAUCGUCAUCAUCAUCUAUUGAGUCUAAAUGUGAUUUUUCGGAGUUUUUGGUCCAACUUCAUAUCAAGAGAGGGCUUUCCAAAUACUAUAGAGGAAAAUCCAGAACCUUCAGAUCCCUAUCAGAUGUAAGGUGUUUAGAAGAUUUAUCAAAGAAAGAGAUUCCUCAUCAUAAAAAGAAAGCAUAUAGCCCAUUCCAAAGUCCCAAGACAAGCAUAUCAAAGAAGGCUGGAAGGAGCUGUUUCACAUCUUUAUUAUCUAAAUGGAGUUAGUUUCAGGAGAAAACAACAUACCCAUUUUUGAAUGGACCGUUGGCGUAAAAAACCUUUUUCAAGAAUGCCACUUUAUUUAUAUUACUUUCUAUAA